AUGUCCAACAUACAAGGUCAAUUGGAAAGCAUACCUGGCUAUGGAUUGGCUAUGGAUAAAUUUAACGAGUAUGCAGAAGAACAUUGGAACGGUAAAACAAACCCAUACUAUGAUGAAUCGGGAAAGAAAGUAAAACUCCCUCCUGAUAUAACUACUAAACAAGAACAAAAAGCAUGGAAGAGGAUACAAAGUCAAGCAUGGCAACACGAUAAAUGUUUAUUUGGAUCAUGUGGUGUAGGGAUGGAUUGUGGUGUAGGUCUUGUGCCCUUUGUUGUGUUGUUCUUCCCCGUUUUGGGUCCGUUGGUGAUGUAUGCGUUACAUUCUAGAUUAAUAGAGAUUGCAAAUAAAGAUUUUCACCUACCCAAUAAACUUAUAGCUCAAAUGCAGGCUAAUAUAGGGAUGGAUUUAUUGAUUACUUUUCCGCCCGUGAUUGGUAGUUUUUUUGGUUGGUUACAUGGUUGUUCCACUAGAAAUGCUGGUUUGAUAUAUGUCUAUAUUGUCAAAAUGGCUAAGGAGAGAGCUGCCGAGGGCGGGGGUGCUAAAUAUGCUGGGAGAGGAACUGCGGGAACAUACAGAGAAGGACAGUAUUUUGGUGAUCUACAGCCGCAGCUGCAGCGACAACUACAACAGCAACUGACAAGUCCAUUGUAUCAACUACAACAGAUGCAACCUGCGUACACUCAACUGAGAGGGUUCAAGAGAUCUAAUCAAAAUACUAUUGUAGUUGAUCAGCAACAACAAUCAGGGUUUAUGUAG